AUGUUCGUCGGUGCCAUCCUCGUCCCUACCGGCCUCUUCUUGUAUGGCUGGAGCGCACAGUACCGGUUCCACUGGAUAACGCCAAACCUAGUCGUGUAUAUGCUCUGCAUCGGCUCGAUCGUUGGAUACCAGUACAUCGUGGACUCGUACACACGCUAUGCUGCUAGUGCGAUUGGAGCGGCGACCACAUUGGAGAGCUUGGCAGGCUUCGUGUUCCCCCUUUUCGCCCCCUAUAUUUAUCAAAAGUGGGAUUAUGGCUGGGGGAAUAGCAUGUUGGGAUUUUCGGCACUGGUCCUCGGCGUGCCCGCACCAUUUCUGCUUUGGCGGUUCGGGAGCAGGUUGAGGGCCUUCGUAUAA